AUGAACAUGUUGGAUGAUGAAGAUGACCAAAGCUUUCACGCUACGCGUGACGGCUACUCCCAUUUGAGCGAUGUCGAAUGGGAUGCGGUUGAACGAAUGGGUUCAACCAUGGGCAUCCAUGCUGUUAGCGUCAUGCUAGAGGCUCUCAAUAGAGAUGCCCAACAUGCUACUAUCGCCAAGUUCAUUCAAAAUGGACUUGACGCAGAACGCGAGAAAGUAGCCUUGCUUCACCAACAAGGUUCUCAACAAGCAGAGUUGUUGAGAGAACAGGGUGCUCAACAAUUUGAACUGUUGAGACAGCAGCAGGCUGCUGCUGGUGGGUCGAUGCACUCGCGUCGACCAGAGACCUUGAAGAUUGACAUCUCCAAGCAUAGGGGAGUCGAAGAGGACUCCCUCUUGAGAUGGUUCGUCGUAUUGGAUGAGGCCAUAAGGUGCGUCGCACCGACGACGGGAACAUGCAAGUUGCAUUUGCCCAAUCAAAUCUGGCAGGACGUGCCAAGACUUGGGCACUGGGGCUCAAGUUGCACGACCCAUAUGCGUUUGGGUCGUUAG